AUGGGCCAGCCGUUGUCCACUGCCCGAGACAUAAAGUCCGCUGUCACCAACAGGCGUUCGGCUGCAGUCGCUACAGUAGUCUUGCUUGGAUAUUUGAUAAACCGAUAUGUUCGAGAAGAGAAAAAACGUCAAGCUACCCGAAGGGCGGAAGCUGCAGAGAUUGUUUCCACUCAAGACAAUAGAAGUAGACGCCAAAAAAAAGUCGGUGUUGAUGCCCAUUUUUUAGAACAGAUCAAAAGGCUCUUGCCUAUUUGCAUACCGGGCCCCGCAUCAAAAGAAUCUGUCUUGCUGGUUUCUCUUGCGCUGGUUCUUAUUGCUAGGACGUGGCUCGAUAUUUGGUUCUCUGGGUUCAAUGGACACGUUGUCAAAGCGAUUGUAUCUCGUGAUCGGAAGUCAUUUAUUGCUCUCGCAAUUAUCGAGUUUGGUUUUAUGAUGUGGCCAAUGAGUAUAGUGAAUAAUUCUCUUAAGCUAUCUAUAAGUGCCUUGUCAUUAGCCUUCAGGAAACGUCUUACAAAGCACGCGCAUAAUCAAUACCUUCGAGACAUUACAUUCUACAAAAUUUCCAACUUGGACAACAGGAUUCAAAAUGCUGAUCAAUUAUUGACCCAAGAUAUUGACAAAUUUGCCGAAAACCUCAGCCAUCUUUAUUCUGAUAUCGCCAAGCCAUUGGUUGAUAUUUUUCUGUUUGCUUAUAAAUUGGGAGAAGCUAUUGGUCGAGAAGCUCCUAUAUAUAUGAUCGCCUAUUUUAUGCUGUCCGGAGUUGCUUUACGCGCGAUUUCACCACCAUUUGGAAAAUUUACUGCCGUUGAACAAAAACUAGAAGGCGAUUUCCGUUUCACUCAUUCGCGCAUUAUUGCACACUCAGAAGAGAUUGCUUUCUAUGGUGGCGGCGAGCGUGAGAAAGUUGUGGUUAAUGGGAGCUUUGACAAGAUCGUUCGUCACGUUAAGAAAAUCUAUAGAUUGCGAUUCGCCAAUGGAAUUAUUGAUUCCGUCUUGGUAAAAUAUUGCGCGACCAUGACAGCGUACUAUCUCCUAGCAAGACCUGUCUUUGAUCCUAGAUAUGCUACGGAGUACAUGGGCAAGUUAGAUGCUGAUCCAACAAAGAUUAUGGAAGAUUAUUCAAGAAACUCGGGAUAUCUUGUCAAUCUCUCGCAAGCUGUUGGACGGCUGAUUUUGGCAGGACGUGAUUUAACUAGAUUCGCUGGUUAUACGUCACGUGUGGCCGAGCUCUUUGAUGUGCUCGAGGAUGUUAACAAAGGUCGUUAUGAACGGACUAUGGUCAGCAAGGAUGUGAAUGAGGCGAACACUGUGAAAGCUAUAACGCCCAAUGACCUUAGUGGAAGGGUGACCACACAAGACGGUGUUAUUAUUUUUGAAAAAGUGCCCAUAAUUACACCAAAUGGGGAUGUCUUGGUGAGAGAAAUGUCAUUCAAAGUCGAAAAGGGAAUGAACUGCCUGAUAUCAGGGCCUAAUGGCUGCGGAAAGUCUUCGCUUUUCCGAAUUCUCGGGGACCUGUGGCCAUUAUUCGACGGCAAUGUUACCAAACCGUCAGCAUCGCAGUUGUUCUACGUACCUCAGAAGCCUUACUUGGCAUUGGGGACUUUUCGCGAUCAGGUUAUAUAUCCAGACACAAGGACACAAGCACGCAUGAAGGGGUAUGAUGAUACUAAAUUGAUGGAAUUAUUGGGUGUUGUCCAUCUAGGUUACAUAGUUGGUCGAGAAGGUGGAUGGGAUGCCGUUCAGGACUGGGCUGAUGUAUUAUCUGGGGGAGAGAAACAGAGAGUAGCUAUGGCAAGAUUAUUCUAUCAUCGACCACAAUUUGCAAUACUAGACGAAUGCACAAGUGCAGUGAGUAUUGAUGUGGAAGGGCUUAUGUACACACACGCUCGUAAACUAGGAAUUACUCUGUUCACAGUCUCCCAUCGUGUCUCAUUGUUAAAUACCACGAAUGGCUUCUUCGAUUUGACGGGCAAGGAGCCUAUGAGUUUAGAAAAAAGCGAUCUUACGGCUCCAUUUGCUUCUAAUUCAACACGGAAUAGAGACGAAGGCGACAUUACUAGUAGUGACGAUUAA